AGGAGUAUUCUCAGCUCGAGCCAAGCCAGCACGAAUGAGAAACAGCAGGAGCUUGGGAACAGAGUGGAGCUGGCGCUGCAGCAGCUGGAUGGCCGGUGAGAGAUACAGAUUCACUGCCUGUGUUCGAAAGGUGUUGAAGAAAGGCAGCGCCAAGAUGGUCACCCAGAUACUGAACCCCUGCACCAAAUACGUGGAUGCCAUUGACGCUUGUGGCACGCCCGUGUCCAAGGAUGUGCUCGCCAUUGCCAACGCCAGCAAGUCUAUGAUAGGCAUAUGCAACAAGAUCGUCCAUCUGAGCAGCAUGCUGUGUAACAAUGGUCACUAUGAGAAGAGCACAGACUCUGCCAAGAUGUGCAGCUGGCAGCUCUUCAAGGCGGUUGAUAAGCUAACGGACAAGCUCAACACGACCAGCGAGCUGGUCGGCAAGCUGGUCGGCAAGCUGGCCGUCCACACCAGCUUCUGCUUCAUGGGCGCCACCAAUGAGGUCAGGGCCUCCCUCGACAACGUCUUGCCCGGCGUCAAUAUCUAUGUGGACAACAGGAAAAUAUUAAUACUGAUAUUGAUCUUACAUUUUUCUUAG